GCGACAGAAUAAGCGCCCUCUAAAUACAACUAAAAACAAUCCCUGGAUCUGAAGUUGAAUUCACCUGUAAGCAUUGAGUAGUUUUUAUCUGCGGGACUCUUGAACAUUGAUUAACUCUCUAUGUUACUGAACUUUAUGAGUUGUGUAAGAGUAACUUUAAACUAACUACAUUGAAUGUUGCUCUUUUAAAUUUCGCGCUGUUGGCUCCGCCUGUAAAACGGCUUUAGCCUGUUAGCUCGGUAACUAGCCUGCUUUGGUAACCUGGAGCAGCAGCUUCAACAUUAUGUUUUUGAAGAGGGAUAUUUUGUGUUUUUUACAAUCCCUGCUCUGACUUCCUCUGAGUUUCUUUUAACAUGGAGGUGACAGACAUCGGAAACAAAGAAGAGGGGAAAGUAUGGCAUCGAAAACCAUCAGCAGGGAAGAGUGUGUUGGUAAAUAUCGUCCGCACUGCUCAUCAGGCGAAGACGGUGCGUUUCCUCCAUGUUGCCUUUGACACCACAGGAGACUCCUUCCUGGCUGGAGAUCACCAUGGCAACAUCUAUGUCUUUGACAUCAGUAGAAACAGGUUUCGUCUGGUGCAGAAGACAGGACAGGCCUGCACUGCUCUGGCAUUCAGCCUCCGGAGGACCACAGAGUUCCUUGUGGCCCUUACUGACUACACCAUCAAGUGCUUUGACAAAGACACAAAGCAGCUGGUCAGUUGGAUGCGAGGUCAUGAGGGAGCGAUCUCGUACAUCUCCGUCCACGGCUCAGGCCGCUACGCCAUCAGCACGUCCUCAGACACGGCUCAGCUCUGGGACCUGGACACCUUCCAGAGGAAGAGGAAGCUCAACAUCCGGCAGUCUGUCGGCAUUCAGAGGGUGUUUUUCCUGCCGCUCAGUAACACCAUCCUCAGCUGUUUCAGUGACGACUCCAUCUUUGCUUGGGAGAGCGACACACUCUUCUGCAAAUAUCAGCUCCCUGUUCCUGACAGUGGACCAAAAGUCUCCUACAAGGCCUUCGCUGUCACACGUGAUGGUAAGAGCCUUGCUGCUGGUGGGCGCUCCAACCUGCUGCACCUGUGGUGUUUGGACAGCAGGCAGCUUAUCAGGGUUAUUCAGAUGCCCACGCAGGUCCGAACCGUAAGACAACUGGAAUUUCUGCCUGACAGCUUUGACGGAUGCGCCAGUCAGACGCUAGGUGUACUGAGUCAGGACGGCCUGAUGCGCUUUAUCAACAUUCACACCUGCAAGCUGCUUUUCCAAAUGGGUUCCCAUGAUGAAGCCAUCACAACAGUGACAGUCGCUCCUAAUGGCCGGCACAUCGUGGCCAUCAUGGACAACGGCAGCAUCAACGUCUACAGUAUUCAGAGUCUCACACAGGAACUAAACAAGCCUCCGCCCUCCAAGGUGGCCAUGGUUUCGGGAGUUGAAGCUGAACAGGAGUUGUCUAAUCUGAGAGUCAAGGUCAGGUCAGACGGCAUUCAAAGACCAGCAAAGAGUUCUGGGAGGCAGACUCAGGUGAAGAUACUCAGACCUCCUGCUGGGUCUGCAACUGAGGAUAAAGAGAAUGAACUGCCUGCUGGUCUGAAUAAGAAGAGACUAGUUGAUAUGCUCAAAGCGUUCGGAGAGUAUCCUGCUAAAUACAGGAUGUUUGUAUGGCGGUCUUUGUUGUGUCUCCCAGAGAACCAUGCGGCAUAUAGCAGUCUGACGGAUAAAGGCCUUCAUUUAGCCUACCUUGCUCUGCAGGAUAAAUAUCCCAUCAAAAGUCACAAGCUACAGAGGGGGCUGCAGAGAGUUUUGUCAGCCUUAGCUCACUGGGCGGCCAUCUUUGGAGAGGUGGAGUACCUUCCCUUGGUGGCCUUUCCUUUUGUCAAGCUUUUCCAGAACAACCCAAUGCUCUGCUUCGAGGUGGUAGCCACCGUCCUAGUAAACUGGUGUCAGCAUUGGUUUGAGUACUUUCCCAACCCUCCUCUGAACAUCCUGAGCAUGGCGGAGAACAUUCUGGCUCAUCACGACAAGGAGCUCCUGCAGCACCUUGUGGACUGUGGAAUCACCUCGCAGCACUAUGUUUGGCCCCUGCUGGAGACGCUGUUCUCUGAGGUGUUGACUCGCGACGAGUGGCUCAAACUCUUCGAUAACGUCUUCUCCAAUCACCCGUCGUUUCUGCUCAUGGCCUGUGUGGCCUACAUCACCUGCUCUCGUGAGCCCCUGCUGCUCUGUUCUCAGAAACAGGACUAUGAGUAUUUUUUCCACCAUCGUAACAACCUGGAUGUGGGAGCCAUGAUAAAGGAGGCGUACAGGCUCAUGGGCAGCACACCAGCUGACAUCCAUCCCAAGCAUCUGCUCUCUAACUUUACACCCCUGACCCAAGGCCAGUACCCUGUGUUCAACCAGUACCCAGAAUUCAUAGUGGAGUACCAAAGCCGGGAGAGGGAGAAGAUACGACUGCAGGAGAUGGAGUAUCUCCGCGAGAGGCAGGAGGUGUCGGCCCUGCGUGCAGAUUUUGUGCGUCGCCAGGCUGAAGAGGAGACCUAUUAUGCACAACAGGAGCUGCUGGGGAAGGCAGAGGAACAACGCAGAAACAUUCUGGCACAAGAGGAAGAAAAACUAACACAACAGAGGGCAAAGUUGGCCGCCAUGAAGAGAGAGCUGAAGGUAAAGGAGUUGCAGCUGCUGGAUGCUACCAGAAGACGUUUCCUCAAGCAUCAGCAGGACCUGAGAGCCUCACAAAUCAAAGGCUUAGAGCAGGAGAUCAGCAGAAAGAUGGAUCUGCGGGAGCAAGAAACAACUGCAGCAGUCCAGGAUCUGGAAAUCAGACAGAUGGAGAUGGAGGCUCAGCGGCGGCGACUUGAACAGACCCUGUUGAAGGAACAGGAGCGCCUGGGACAAAGGGUGGAGGAGGAGGUGGCGAUGAGGAUGAGGGGGGCGGAGAGGGAGGACGAGAGCGACACAGAGCUGCUACACAGCACAGAGACUAACAUACAGAUCCUGGAGGAGUCCCUGGCGGAGGCGUGCCAGCUGGGCUUGGACUCAGACUGGCAGAGAGAGGUGGCGGAGCGGUUGCAGCAGGUGGAUGCCGAGCAGGAGAGGAAGAGGGAGAGACUGGCAGAGCUUCACAGACAAACCCUGGCAGAGGAGAAGAGACUGGCUGACACCAUGAGAGAUGUGGCGGGACGGAAGUGGGAGGACGUGAUGAGAAGCAGAGCUCAGUUACAGGAGCAGCAGCAGCCCCCGUCUUCAGAUGCACAGAGACAGACAGCUCCUCAUAGACCCUGUGUCAUCACUACUGCUGUGUGUGUCGGAACCAACACUGCUGAUCCAGCAGUCAUACCCAACCCCACCUCCCCGAAGCAGACAGGAACCAACAUGACGUGUCUGAACAGCCGUUCACCUACAGAGAGCACCUCCACCGUCUUUUCUCUGGAUCGAGGCCGGGCCAAGCUGGACAGCAGCGAGAGAGAGCUGCUGAGGGAAAUCAGAGAGCUGAGACUGAAACUUGCAGCCAGAGCGAGAGAGGGCAGCUCAGCCUCCUCACAGUCUGUCCACACACUGUCCUCUGUCUCCCAGUGACCACACACUGCCCUGUGUCAGAAAAAACAUCUUCUCGUCUCGAGUGAGCUACGACAACAGAAACACUGACUCAGACUGUUACCAAGUGCUUAUAGACUAUUCCUUACCUCCACCUGUAGCAACAAAUUAUUUAUGAAACCAAGAUCGUAUGGAAAUGUGUCUGGGUACAGAUUCAUCCUGUCAGUCCUGACUGUGUUGGUGCUACAUUUAGCAUUUAGCUUAGUGUUGGUAUCUCCAUGCAUACGAAAGCUCCACAGGAAACAACAGUUCUCUUACAAAGAAGACACAGAUCAAACAUUUUUCCCCUAAUGUUCACUUGUACACUAUUUAUUCAUUGUUGUGAUUUUUUUUUUUGUCAUUGCAGCCGUGAUCUGUUUUUUAUUUGAAUGAAUUUUAUUUGACUGGCUUUAUUUAAAUCCUUUUUUUUGAUAAACUGUUUGAUUAAAAAAAACCUGAUUCAAUCUUCUGUUUUAUUGGGUUUUUAGACACACAUGUGAUACUCAUUGAUUAUCUCUGUAUUCUUAGUGAGUGAUCGUAGCAGUCAUUUUAUUAAAUAGAGCUCUUCAAA